UGCAUUUCUUUUUUUUUUUUUUUAUAUAUAAAAUUUACAGAAAAAUGGGUGGGAAAAAUGUUAGAGCAAAAAAAUCUCGAAGAAAGGCGACUAUUAAAAUUACUAAAGGUGCAAGAAAGAAGUUAAAGAAACCCACCAUAAAAGAUUCAACAUUGCAAAAGCAUUGGGAUAAAUCAAAAACAUUACACAAUAAUUUAAAAGACCUAGGACUUGCAUAUGAUUCAAAUGCUGCAAUAAAAAUUAAUACUGGGAAGAAAACAAAGCAUUCUGAUGUUGUGAAAGAUACAAAUAAAAUGGAAAUAGAUGAGACUUUAAACAAACCAGUUAUAAAAGAAUUUGAGAGGCAAGCUGCUAAUGGUAUGAAAAUGGAACGCCAUAUUGCUCCUGGUGAAGCUAAAUUUCUAAUGACACUAAUCAAAAAACACGGCACCAAUUAUAAAGCUAUGGCUAAAGACAAAGAUAAUACAUACCAACACACAGCAAAGCAAUUAAAGCGAAAAUGUGAAUCUUUAUUAAAGUCAUCAUUACUAACAAAGUACCAAAGCAUGUUUCCAGAAUUAACUACAAGUGCUGAAGAAAUGGAUACUGUAUAGAAGAAA